AUGACCGUCAAAUCCGGUAAGAAAUCUGCGGCUCAUCCCAAUUAUUCGGUUAUGAUCAAGCAGGCCUUGACCACAUGUAAGGGAUUCCAGAAGAUGAGCCGUCAGGCCGUUCUCAGCUUCAUCAAGCAAAACUUCGGUGUCGAGAAUAAGGCAGCUCUUAACAAGGCUCUUAAAGCUCUCGUGGAUGCUGGUACUGUCAGCCAAGCGAAGGCGUCAUACAAACUGGCUGCUGGGUCAAGGGCUGCGGACAAGAAGCCCGCGUCCGCGAAGAAGUCCAAACCAAAGGCUCACAAAAAGAAGGCUUCUGCCAAAAAGCCUUCCACGAAGAAGGCUACGACUAAGAAGCCUGCUAGGAAGCCGGCUGCUCCGAAGACCAAGAAGGUCGCUGCGAGCAAGAAGGUUUCUGCUCGAUCAAAGCCUCCGGCGAAGAAGCCGGCUGCCAAAAAGGUCAAAAAAGUGACGGCGAAGAAGCCUGCUGCUAAGCGAUUGAAGAAGUAG